AUGGGUAGCUGCUGCUGCUGCUGCGUUUUUUUUCUUCUUCUUCUUUUUCUUCUUCUUCUUCUUUCACUAUUUCUUCUUCUUUCUCUAUUUUUCUUCUGUCUCUAUUUCAUUUUCUUCUCUUUUUCCUCUUCUUCUUUUUCCUCUCUUUCUUCUUUUUCUUGCUCUAUUUCUUCGUCUUUCACUAUUUCUUCUUUUUCUAUAUUUUCUUCCGCGUUCUCUCUUCCAUCUUCUUCAUCGAUUUCUUUUACUUUCUUCUUCUUUUUGUCUUUUCUUCUUUUUUUUCUUUCUUUUUCUUCUUCUUCUUCCUUUCUUCUUUUCUUUUCUCUUGCUUUUUUUCUUUCUUCUUCUUCUUCCUUUCUUUCUUCUCUUUUCCUUCUUCUUUCUCUCUUUCUCAAUUUCUUCCGUUUUUUCUGUUUUUCGUCUUCUUUCUUUCUUCUUUUUCCUUCUUCAUCUUCUUCAUUUCUAUUUUUUUUUCUUCCUUUCUAUUUUUCUUUCUAUAUUUCUUUCCUCUUUCUCUAUUUCUUUCUCCUCAUCUCCUCUUCGUUCUUUUUUCGUCUUCUUUUCUUUUCUUUCUUUCUUUCUUUCUUCUUCAUCUUCUUCUUUUCCUUAUAUCAUCUUCUUCUUUAUCUAUUUUUUCUUCUUUUCCUAUUUUUCUUUCUAUAUUUCUUAAUCCUCUUCCGUCUCUAUUUCUUCUUCUCCCUCAUCUACUACCUUUUCUUUUUUCUUUUUUUCUUUCUUUCUUUCUUUCUUUCUUUUCUUUUCCUUUCUUCUUUUCUUCUUCUUCUUUCUAUAUUUCUUUUCUUCGUCUUUCUUUUCUUCCUCUUUAUUGAUCCCUCAUCUUUAUACCUUUUCUUUUUUUUUUUUCUUUCUUUCUUUUCUUUCUUUCUUUCUUUUCUUUUCUUCUUCUUCUUUUCUUUCCUUUUUUCUUCUUAUCUUCUUCUUUUCCUUCUAUCAUCCUUCUUCUUUUUUCUUUUUCUAUUUUUCUUCUUCUUUUUCCUAUUUUUCUUUCUAUAUUUUCUUAAUCCUCUUCCUUCUCUUUUCUUUGUCUUUCUCCCUUCCCUCUAUUACCUUUUUUCUUUUUUUAUCUUUCAUUUCUUUCUUUCUUUUUCUUUCUUGCUUCUUCUUCUUUCCCCCUUUUCUUCUUCUCUUCAUUCUUUAUUUUUUAUUUCCUUCUUCUUCUUUUUUUCUUUCUUUUCUUUCUUCUUCUAUUUCUUCUUUUUCCUUUCUUGCUUCUCAUAUUGA